AUGAAACCAGUCCCUCCAGUUACAACAAUUCGUUUCCCCUUGAAAAGUGGUUCCGGUGAGGUCAUGGCACGGUGCGAUGCUUUCCUUUGGAUACACAGUAAGCCUCAAGCCAUCAAAUGUGCUGAAUGGCACGAAAUCGAUCGCAGUUGUACAGACCUUCCCAGUGUCUCACGACUGACACGUGCGAUACACGUGUCAGAGAUGCGAAAGCAGGAUGUCAGCACCAGGAUGCGUCCAAAUUGGCAGCUGUUGCCCUCAAUAGCGAAAUGUUCAAGAAAGGAGUUCGAAUUGGGGCGUACGGCCACACGCCAGCAGGCAAGAUGCAGUGGCGGAUGGAGUGCCUCAAUCACAUACUUGGGGCCCCCGUAA